GGCUGGCGCCGCCAUGAGGGGGGCCGUGCGCGGCGCCGCGCUGCUCGGCUGGGCCGGUGGGAACGGGCCGGGCGCGCUCCCGCGGCGGGGCCUGCCGUCCCCGGUGCCGCGGAGAGGCUUUGCUGCCACGCUCCUUAGGAACUCGUAUGAUGUCAGAAGAGUGGAGAUCACUCCCCUGGAGCAGAGGAAGGUGACUUUUGAUACCCAUGCUCUAGUGCGGGAUCUAGAAGCCCAUGGCUUCGGGAAGGAGCAAGCAGAGACCAUCGUAUCAGCACUGAUAACUCUGUCAAAUGUCAGCUUAGACACAGUCUAUAAGGACAUGGUUACACAGGCUCAGCAGGAAAUAACUUUACAGCAGAUAAUGGCACAUUUGGACUCCAUUCGAAAAGACAUGGUCAUCCUGGAGAAAAGUGAAUUUGCAAACUUGAGAGCAGAGAAUGAGAAAAUGAAAAUUGAAUUAGAUCAAGUGAAACAGCACCUGUUGAAUGAAACUGGUAAAAUCCGAGCUGACAGCAAGCUGGACAUAAACCUGGAAAGGAGCAGAGUGACAGAUAUGUUUACAGAUCAGGAGAGAAAACUGAUGGAAGCCACUACAGAGUUCCAUAAAAAAGACUCAAGUACCAACAGUGUCAUUUCAGAAAUCAGUAAUAAAAUUGACACUGAAAUAGCUUCCUUAAAAACACUCAUGGAAUCGAAUAAACUUGAGACAAUACGUUAUUUGGCAGCCUCAGUAUUCACUUGCUUAGCAAUAGCACUGGGAUUUUACAGGUUCUGGAAAUAGAUCUAAAUGGAAUGACUGCACCAAGUACAGAUGGAGGAAAGUCACCCAAGCAACAUCAGUUCAACAAUCAUGUUUGCCCUGUAGAUAACCUCGGUACCUUUUUGGUUUGAUAUUCUUACUGUGCACUAAAAAUGUGCUCUAAUAUGUGACACUAAAGAUCAGAAUAACUGGGGAGAGCGAAGUUGGAAAAUAGUAAUAUUUCAUGUUCCCCUAUUGAAGACUGUAUUUAUUUCAGAGGACUUAUGCUGAAUCAGAAGUGUUCUAAUAUGUUUUAGAAUUAAUUUUGGUUUCUUUUGGAAUCUUCUUAAAGAAACGUUCUCACUCUCAGCUCCUCUUGAAAUGGAAAUAUUAAACAAUAGAUAUGCCCUUGAAAUGGGAAUACUGUUUCCAAGUCAGUAUUCCCAAUAUGGGAAUAAUAAUGCUAGAUUCCAACAGAUCUACUCUGAUCCAAGUAAAUUAAUCUUAAAUAUGGGAUCUGGAUUUUUACCUUCUGUCUGUUCCUCCAUUUUAUGACAGAUUGAAGCUUGGCCCUGUGGGGUUUUUUUUACUUAUAUAUAAACACACUCCAAGGCCUUUACUAAAGAACCCUUGUUUUUCUGGAAAACUGGUUUACAUAAAUGUAAAAUCUCAUGUAGAACUAAAAUGUCUCUGUAGAUUUAUUUUUUAGUAGCUCUUGCCAUUUCUGUAAACCCAGAGGUCAGCAGAAUGGGAGAACUUCUCUCUUAAGUCUUUCCAAGGGGAAAUGCCUCCACUUUCAGCAACUCUGUACAGCUCUUCACUCCUCCCUUCAAGGAGUGCAGAGCAUUUCCAGUAAACCCUCACAUGUUUUCUGGGCAUAAGAUCUGGCUUGUAACACGGAAAUACUCAGCAUCCCCGUGGUGCCAGUGUGGUGGUGGUGCUGAUCUUCUCCCAUCUCCACACCUCUGGACUGUUCUGUAAUCCUGUGGGACACAUUGAGCCUCCUAACUUCGGGUGAGGACCCCUCUACCUCCUGCAAGGACUUCUCAACUCAUUGCAGAGAUGGGACGUGGCAGGUGGAUGCCUUCCAGAACUGAAGCCGUUACACCUUGUUAAAUACAAAUGCAUAUGCUUGGUUUAAUUCUUUUAAUAAAAUAAUAAUUAAAAAAAAACCUUCCUAGAUUAAACUUUUAAGAGUAGGCCCUUUGUGAGCUAAAGAGGAUGUGGUACUUUUAGUGGCAAUUUUUUUUUAUUGCAGUUUUAUUCUGUUUACAGUUUAACUUCCUGGUAUCUUGCCAGUUCUUCUAUUCUGUGCAUUAAAUUAUUUAUCAUCUUCAAUUAGGAAAAUAAAAAUAAUUUCUUCUGUUGCUAUCUGA